AUGGCACCCAUACCGAAACAGCCCUCAACGGUAAAUGGGACACCACAAUCUCCUUCCUCACACAACAAUCCACACAACAAUCCACACAACAAUCCACACAACAAUCCAUACAACAAUCCACACAACAAUCCAUACAACAAUCCACACAACAAUCCACACAACAAUCCACACAACAAUCCACACAACAAUCCAGUCCCAACCAGAAAUGCUUUCAAACAUUUCACGCACUCAAAACACUCCGCUCACAUGGUCUUAGAGGCAUCAAAUUAUUCGACAUCACUGAAUCACUCAUCAUCUCAGGCAUCAAAUAUGCUGCUCCCUCCUGGUCUGGUUUUGCUACACAACAACAACUUCAGCAACUACAAUCUCUCAUCAAAAAACUAA